CUCAGCUAACAGCUUGUAGAUUCGCUAGGGUUAUGUACAGUUGUGUUUAUUUACUUCAUAAGGUUGUUUGAUACACAAAUAUCGUGUUGUCGCAGAUUUUGUAAGAAAAACAAGCGCAAUUUCUGAGCACAAUUCAGCUAAAAUGGAGCCUCAAGUGAAUCCAUAUCGAAAAAUGUUAGUAGCGGGUGUAUCCACUAUUUUAUUAGAGCUUGGGAUUGAUACUGCAGAAGGUGAAGUCCUAGAGACAUUAACAGAAAUGUUUCAGUGUUUUCUAGUUGAAAUUGGGAACACUAGUAGGAACUACUAUGAGUUAUCAGGAAGAACAGAACCUUUGAUUGCAGAUGUCAUAUUAGGUUUUGUUGAAAUGGGUAUUGAUUUCUCAAAAUUAAGUGAUUUUGCAAAGGGUACUAAGAGGACAGUCUUGCCAUCACUGCAGGCACAAACUCAGCCAAAACAAUUGAAUAUGCUAAGAGCUGGAGUGAAGCAAUCUCUGCCUAGUUUUAUACCAUCUCAUUUGCCAUCUUUCCCAGAUCCACAUGCAUAUAUCAGAACACCAACACAUAAACAACCUGUAAUUGAUUAUGAAGCUAUAAGAGAAAAAUAUGCAGUACAAAAAAGAGAUGUGGAGAAAGCUUUGACUAAAUUCUUGGCAAAAACAAGUCAAACACAUAAUUUAUUUGAGAAUGAUGAAAUAAUGUUCCCAUUGAUCUCUGUUAAACCACAGUUUCCACCGUAUUUAAGCGCGUUACUACCACAAGAUCAAAUCUUCGAUCCCGAGGAAUUGGAAUACAAAGUUGAAGAAUUAAAAACACCGCCUAAAAAGCGAGUCAAAACCGACAGUGAAAAGAAAAGGAAUCUAAAGAUGAACCCGACGAUAUGGACGAUGACGAUGAGACAGAACCGGAACCCGAAAAAAUGGAAGAAAGCCCAACGCAGAGUAACGUUGACAUUGAUAACCCGUACUUGGCAGCAACAAAACUACCUAAUCAUGCGGCAGAGGCACAACGUUUGUAAUUUGAAUAAUUCUGUAUUCAUUGUUUACUUUUUAUUUAUAUAAACAUACGCAAUUUGAUUUAUAAAACAUUUAGUAAAUAUUAAAACCCAA